CUCCUCUUCUUGUCUCCAUCGCUCUGUGGCUGUUCAUUUUUUAAUUUUCCUCUCUUUUCUCUCCCUCUAUUUCCAUCUGUUUUUGGAUCACUCUCUCUCUCUCUUUUGCUGGGGGAAGAUCUCUCCACCAAGUGUCUCAAUUUAACAGAGCUCCCUCCCUCUCUCUCUUCCUCUCUCAGCCCCUUCCUCCUCCCCUUCGGCCGUGACAGAGCACACCUGCUUGGUCUUGGCUGCGCGCGCUCUCAGUGCAAUUAUCGCUCUGCCCCUUGCAGCACAGUGCAGAAGGCUCACAGUGAUUCAGCCUAUAGCCCCAACUGGAUAUUUGGAAGGAAGACCAUCUGACCUCUGCGCACUCUAACUCUCUCGCUCUCUCUCCCACGAUUCUAAAGAGCACAGGCUCCCGGACAGAGGCACCAUGAAGUCAGCCUGUCUCUCCCUGCUCCUGGUCACAGCAUGCUGGUCACUUCCCUUCCGCCAGUCGGGCUUCCUGGACUUCAUGAUGGAGGAUGAGGCGGGCUCUGGUUUGCCAGAGGUGCCCAUCGAGCCCAGCGUGGACAUCCCCACCAUGCCCGAAGGACCCAAGUGCCCCUUCCGCUGCCAGUGCCACCUGCGUGUGGUGCAGUGCUCCGACUUAGGCCUGAAGAGUGUUCCAGAUGAGAUCCCUGCAGACAGCACCCUGCUGGACCUGCAGAACAACAAGAUCACUGAGAUCAAGGAGAAUGACUUCAAGACUCUGAAGGGACUCCAAACCCUGAUCCUGGUGAACAACCAGAUCACCACAAUCCACCCCAAGGCCUUCAUUCCCCUGGGCAAGCUGCAGCGCCUCUACCUCUCCAAGAACCACCUCAAGGAAAUGCCCGCCAACAUGCCCAAGAGCCUGCAGGAGCUUCGCAUCCACGAGAACAAGAUCACUAAGAUCAAGAAGGCCUCCUUCGAGGGCAUGGCCCAGGUCAUCGUCAUGGAGCUCGGUUCCAACCCCCUGAAGAGUGCAGGGGUUGAGGCUGGGGCAUUCGGGGCCCUGAAGAAAGUCUCAUACAUCCGCAUUGCAGACACCAACCUGACAGAGAUCCCCAAAGGUCUGCCCUCCUCCCUCUCCGAGCUCCACCUGGACAGCAACAAGAUCACCAAGGUGCAGGCAGACAACCUGAAGGGCCUCAAGAACCUGGCUAAGCUGGGUCUAAGCUACAAUGAGAUCAGCCAGGUGGAGAACGGUUCUCUGGCCAUGGUUCCUCACCUCAGAGAGCUUCACCUGGACAACAAUGCCCUGACCACCGUGCCUGCAGGCCUGCCUGACCACAAGUACAUCCAGGUGAUCUACCUCCACAGCAACAAGAUAGGGGUGGUGGGCACCCAGGACUUCUGCCCACCAGGCUACAAUACCAAGAAGGCCAUGUACUCUGGCAUCAGUCUGUUCUCCAACCCCGUCCCUUACUGGGAGGUGCAGCCCAUCACCUUCCGCUGUGUGUUCGACCGCUCCGCCAUCCAGCUGGGCAACUACAGGAAGAAGUAGAGAAAAAGUAGACCACCCCCAGAGAGAGAGAGAGAGAGUGUGUGUGUGUGUGUGUGUGUGUGUGUGUGUGUGUGUGUGUGUGUGUGUGUGUGUGUGUGUGUGUGUGUGUGUGUGUGUGUGUGUGUGUGUGUGUGUGUGUGUGUGUGUGUGUGAACCGCAGCCCCCCAUCCACAACACUGAUCGGCAACUUUAUCCCCAUUUUAAAACCAUAACGAACAUCCAAUACAGUUUUAACAGUUAUAGUACUUCAUGUUUUCAUGAGCAAAGACUGAGCAGUCACCCACUGUUCAACCUCGUUUUCAUUAUCUCCAUUACAAUACCAUUGUCUACAUAUGUGAAAAAGUCCCAUUUCUAUGUUUUGUAGAAAACAAAUGUGAAGUUAAAAAGAUAUACCCAAUGACAUCAUCAAGGCAAUACCAUCCCUCUGGCUAGAAACUCGUUGCAGGUUUUGAAAAUCACUGUUUAAAAAAAAAAACUUUUACAUCCUACCCUGUGAUGUCACAGAUGAGCAUUUUUUUAGGACCUUUCUCCUUAUCUUUUUACCCACAGAUCAUAGACUAAACAACGUGUCGUUUUCACACAUGUAGACACUGAUAUGGUGCUGGAGAUAAUGAAUAUAAGGUUGAAAAGUGGCGGAAUUGCCCUUUAACAGAAGUCUGUGCAAUGGUUUCGAAGUGUGUGCCCUCAGAUUGCAUGACUGAAAUGUUAUUUUGUGUGUGAAAGAAACAUUAUGAAAGACAACAAAAUAGUUUCAACAACAACACCAAAAAAUAUCUAUGACCACUUUGAAAAAAUGUACACGUUUAACCCUUUAACACCUCACACAUGUCAGCGGGUUGAGAUUGGCCGAAAAAAACAUCAUAAAAAUCUGAAUUUGACCGGUGUAGACAUGUUGUGUGCAUAAAUCUGUGACAAUUACAGAAGGUAAGCUGACCUGCGGAGCGGGCAGCCAAGGGUUAACUCCAGUCUUAAUAUCAUUAACACCAGCUAGGAUACUAGAAUGUACUAGAGUAUAUUACCUGUGUAGUAGCUAGCAUUCAAAGUGUACCUUUACAAUAUGUCGUACUAUUUGAAAGAUUUCAGAUUUUCUUUCUUCCACAUUGUAGUCGAUUGCCAUGUCUCCUGCUUGCUUCACUGUUGAUGUCAAGUUUUGUUGUUUUUACCAAAUGUUCCGACAGUUUAAAGAUUUCAGAUUUUCCGUAAAGCAUUUAUUUCUUCUUCUACACAUUCCAUUCCCCCAUCUGUCAUGUAACAUCAGCUCAUACAAACAAGAUGAAAAUAGCUCUUAAAGAUGUAGAAUAAACAAUAUAUACGUUCCGAAACAGAAGCCAUGCCCAAAGAUCUAUACGCAUGCUUUUCUUCUUUUGACUUGAAGCAAGGUUGUGGUUUCUGGAAUGCCAUGUUAAUGCCUGUUUUGUUUCUCUUCUUCUUUGCCUUUCUUUAUUUCUUCUUCUUUUUUUAAGUCUGAAGAGAAUUGGAGGCUUGCAGGCGGACUGUCAUGCCUUCAGUGCCCAUGUUAGUGUGAAUGUUUGUAUGUAUAGACGCUGUAUAUAAAUGCUGUAUAAAAAAACUCUCAUUGCUUAAAAGCACAAGCACUUACAGUAGUUCAGACUUAAUAUAUCAGCAAUAAAGAUGUUCCUCUCUUUUUUUCUGAGCAGGGGCUCCGCCUAUGGCUUCCUGAACCAAAUAAAAAUACCAAUUAAAAAGCA